AUGACAGAUCCAACCUUCCACAUCACAACCCCUCGCCUCACAAUCUCCUACCUCGAUCCUGAAAACCCAGCUCAUUGCUCUUUCCUCGUCUCUCUUUGGAACACACCCGAAUUCAUAUCCAUGCUCGGCGGCAAACCAACCUCCAUAACCACCCCUGCAGCCGCAAAGCACNUAAUCUCAACUCGCUUUGUCGCCGAACAUGCUCGUAAUGGCUAUGGCACAUACCUCAUCUCAUUACGUUCAGACAACACUCCCAUCGGCACUGUAUCUCUGAUGCGAGGAGAGAACUCCUCACUACUAGCUCCUGAUCUCGGGUUUGCUUUACUCUCUGGACAUAUGAGAAAAGGCUAUGCGGUAGAAGCCGCCAAAGCACUUCUUGACUACGUGGACAAGGAANAAGGUGUCAAAGCAGUAUUCGGGUUUUGCGAUGAGAAGAAUGAGGCUAGUAUGGGAGUUUUGAGGAAACUAGGAUUUAAGUGGGAGGGAGUGAGAAAGGUCAAAGAGUUCGGAGGUAAAGAAGCGGCAGUGUGGAGUAGCUGUAUGCAAGCAGUGGAGGAUUGGGGACUUGUGACAGCUUGA